AUGUCCUUCGCAUUGGGACCUUCUGAUCCUUUGGAGAUCUUGAAUGAUCCUUGGGAAUUGAACGCGGAUACUCUGUUCACGGGUACGGUUUCUAUCACCAGAGAAGAUAUUGCUUCAGAUCCUGCCAUACGGAUCCCCAGUAGUAGGAAGUCAUCUUUGGAUAUUACCGCUUUUCUCCCCCUUGAGUCGGAUUCUCCCAUCAAUAACGUAGAUUCCUUGUCGGUUGACGAGGUCCCAUGCUUGUCCCUACCUCCAAGCCAGAUCAGAAGAGAGAAGUCUUUCUCCGACCUUCUUCAAGAAGAGGCAUAUCGUCUCCGUGCCGUUGAAUGUAAAAAGCGCCGGCUGCUACGAAUGGAUAUCUUGCGAAAGAAGCGACAACAAGGACUAAUUUCCUUUGGUCACACCAUUCGCUACAAGCAGCGAAGCGACCUUGCAACGAAGCGAGUGAGGAGUAGCGGGAAGUUUGUGUCUGAAUAUAAUUACAAGAAUGCUUAA